AUGACCAGUCUUCGCUUCAAGACAUCUCUAGGCAUCGCCGCCGUCCUCACCUUCAGUUCCGUCUCGCCCUCCACACCGCUCUUGGGAAUCCUGGGAUUCCGCGCAGCUGGUCCUACGGAAGGUAAGGAGGCUUUUCUGUCUGCCCGCUCGCCUCCCUCCUUCAGCCCAACUAAUGCGUAA